AUGUCGCUCCCUCUCCAGCCAUGCGGCUCCUUCAACAUCCUCACCUUCCCUAUGAAGGAACUGAACGGAGGGGAAACAAACCUGGUCCAUGCCGUUGACCUCAUCCAGAACUUUCAGGGCGACAUCAACUUUUCUGACCUCAGCACUAGCUACAAAUUGGCAUGCGAACGCAAGGAUUUGCAGUAUCUUCCCGCCCCUUUUGGUCUGAAGGUUGAAGUCCCCAAGGAAACGACCAUCCAAAUCGUCAUCAUCAAAAACUCCGAGGGUGAAACCACUAUCUUGAAGCAUUUGGCCUUUCCGGGAAAAAUCAAGGCAACCUUCUUCAAACAGCUCAUCUACGGUGAGGGCUUUCAAUCUAUGUGGAUGCAGCCUUCCCCCAAAGGUGGCAGGAAAAUCUUGCAGUACUGCCUGGAGAACUUGGGUGGGCGUAUCUUCAAGUGCUUUGAGCUCACUUCCCAGGCAAGUCGCAAAGGCCCAAAGCCCGACAGCAGCUUUGAGGAGAAGGACGAUGAUGACAUCGAUGCGGGCUUUGAUCAUAUUCUCAAGAUGGGCCCUCGCUCAUCUUGUGAAAUGGCCCAGCUCCGUUGGCAGACGAAAGAACUUCGCAACAAAUCGUCUCCAAUCUUUGGCUGGCCGGUAGCGUUGGUUAGUCAAGCUCUUCGGAACUUGGCUGCCGACGGAGCUUUAGCCCGCAAAGAGCAUCAUUGGCCAUUACCACUCACGCCAAAAUACUUCCGCGCGGAAGUUUUGAAGGCUUUGGAAGCCAUUUGGGACUUUGACCAAGCUUCCUUGGUCAUGCUCGGAGAGCCCGGUGGAAGGAAAAGCCCAUUGGGCAGAAGUGUCCUGUUCGCACAGUGCCGCCACAACCUGGAGAGGGCUGUGGCAGACAACACCUAUGAGGACUCCAUCCCGCUUCCACCAGACUAUGUCCUUGAAAUCAACUUCACGGACUUUUACGACGUGGUCAAAAAAGCCUUCAUCGACCAAGCUACCCGCACCCAUAUGGACGCCAUUUUGAAGCGCGCCGCCUUCCUGGUGAACUCGAAGACUCAUCUGUACUACCGCCGAGCAGGCAUCAAUGAAGACAAGGUUCCCCGCGUCGCUUUGUCAAGCGAUGGGUUCUUGACAGCCGAUGGCAAAAAGGUGUACGGUGAGUACAAGGCAGGCCAAAAGGAAAUGCCUGAGGACUUCAUGGAAGAGGUGAGAAAGGAACAGGAGUGGGUGAGCAUCAUCAUGAACAAACGAUUUGAGGAAAGGCGGAUGAGCAAGCAGGAGGCCCGAGAUCGAAAACAUCUUCGCCAAGCCCUGUUUGGUGACAAGCCGAAAGAGGAAUCUGCGCUAGAGACCUUGCAGGCACAUGAGGAGGAGCGUGUCGCAAUAAAGAGGGAGAAGGAAGAGGUUGCAAUGAACCAUGUCUUCAAGAAAGCUCGUGUGUGGAGCCGCGAACUGGCCUCCUCGUCCAUUGUCAUUGACCUAGAUCCGGAUAGCGAGGAAGAAACCCGAGCACCAAAGCAUGACGCCAACCCAGAAUGCGCGAAUGAAGACGAAGAUCCCUUCAACCACGGCUUCGCCACUUACCAGGAAGGAUGA